AUGUCUUCUGACGCGGUUGAGACAACCACUGAUUACGAUAAGCGCCGUACUCAGCACCAAGACAGUGGUUCGGUGUCGUCUGAUUCUUCUGGCUCGCAAGACGCAAGUCCAUCCGAAGGAACGGCUAAUGCUACCCCUCGAAGUUCAUCAACUACUGACGGAGCUAAGCCUGGUGAUUCUCGAAUGGUUGUUGAUGAUCCGUUCGAUAAUGAGAAACGACAAAUUCUUUUCAAUGCCAUCGAUAGGCUUCAAGCUUGUGGCUCCCACAAGUACCUAGCCAUCCCACAGCUCGUUGUCGCAGGGGAACAAUCUUCUGGGAAAUCGUCCCUGCUCAGAACAUUGACUGACAUUUCAUUCCCCGUCAUGGCUGGGAUUGGUACACGCUUUCCGAUUCGUGUCGUUUCGCGCCGAAGCCCUAGUUCACAGGGCAGUAGGGAAAGAUUUCGUAUUUCCCUAGAACGCGCACCACGAGAUGUAAACGGCUUGCAACGAGCCAAUGCUGCUGCAGAUGAGUACCGUCUAGAGGGAGAUACCUUGACCAUGGACGUAUUCGAGGCUGCGCUUAAGGAUCUCUCUGAGAAUAAAAUUGGCAUCAGAAAAGGUCAAGGAGUGGGGGCUAAAAACUUUGUCCCAGACAUUGUUAGAGUUGAACUUGAAGGGCCUAAUAGAUCUCCUUUCAACAUUCUGGAUCUCCCAGGACUCAUCUCCUCAGAGUAUGGUGUCAAUGAACCAGAGCCUCUUGGGACACAGGAACUAGCCAAGGAAUACAUCUUGCGACCGGAAAAGACACAAUCAUACAAGAGUAGACUGGUUGGCGUCUUCACGAAAUGUGACAAAGCGGAUCGCGAAGAAGCGGAGCGAGCUGUCAUUUCAGCAAAAAGUGAUAUUGACAACGGAGACUCGAUCUUUAUGGAUGGCAUGUUUGUCGUCUGUAAUAAGACAUCAGAGUCCCGAGUCAAUGAAGAUGAAUUCUUCAACCGCAAGCCUUGGUCUCAAAUACACAGUGGACGGAGAGGAAGCAGGAAACUCAAAGAUCAUCUUGGGGAGAUUCUUACUUGCGAAAUUGAAAAGGCAUUUCCAAAGCUUGAGAACGACAUAAAUUCAAGGCUCAAGGAGAAGCGCGCCAGGCUCAAAGACAUGGGUGACCCUCGGCUCAAUUACAGUCAGCAGCAGGAAUAUCUCAACCGCUUUGUACGCGAGUACUCCUCCAAGUGCGAAAAGGCUCUUAGACGACCAGGAUUACUUGAGUCAGAGACCAUGGACCUGAGACAAGAGCUGAAUCACAUCAACAGCCAGUUUGACAAUGUCAUGAGAUGGGUCGGUGGGUUUUGGAGGUUUGAGGACGAGGGCGUGGACCCGCGGCCCGUUUGCGUAGAAUACGGAACUUUCAUCGACAACAAACAGGGGCAGUCGAAAUCAGCACUACAAAUCUUGUAUCCGGUCCCUAAGCUGGAGGAUUACACAGAGGCGCUGAAAAAGAUCCCGGCAUUUGAGGAGCAUGAGGAUGUCGAGCCUUUUGACAAGUUUGUGGAUACGGUUACCAGCAAACUUCGCAGGUUCGGCGCAUCCCAACCGCCUGGUGUAGUCAACUCGGAUAUUUAUCCUGUCAUCUAUCGAGCUCAAGUAUCCAAGUGGAGAUAUAUCGCAGAAGAGCACUUGGACAGAGUCAAAGAUGCAUUGAAGUCAAGCUAUGAGGAGAUCCUGCGUUCUGUCUGCCCGGACUCUGGAGGCACCAGGAUUUUGCAUCAUGAGCUCAAAGACCGUCUUCAUUCAAUGUUUUGUGAGACACUGAGAAGAGCCCAACAAGAACUGAACAAGUACUGCGAACAAGAAACCCAAAAGGAACUCCUUCAAACCACCAACAAUGAGUUCAGGACUAAACUAGAAUUUUGGCGAAUGUUGAGAUACGCCAGAGCUUUCUACCUUGGGGCCGGUGGCGAAGAGCCCCAAGAUCUUAUCUCAGGCCAGACUUUGGAUAUAAUGUGGAGGAACAUGAACUUUUAA